AUGUUUAAAAAGCCACGGAACAACGAUAACACUGCAGAAGAUGCAGAGCAGGAAGCAGCUGAACGCAACUUAAUUCGAAAAUGUAUUGACUUUCAUACGCCUGCCGUAGUGGAUAUGAACAAUCGCUUGUACUUCAAUGCAUCCAGGUCUCAUCAUGUCCGGAAUGCGCCUUAUUUGCAACCACAUUCUGCUUAUUUGCGGUUAAUGGGAUUGCCUAUUUCAUCAGUAUCUGCACCAGAUCCAUCAACUGUAUUCUGUACCCAUUUGGCUCAUGUCACCCGAGCCAAGAACUCGACCCCAGUCAUGUCGCUCAGUUGGACACCAGGUGGUCGGCGGUUACUGACAGGAAAUCAAGAGGGAGAAUUCACUUUAUGGGAUGGAAUCACAUUUGGAUUUGAACUGAUUAUGAGUGCUCAUGACAAUUCCUUCCGCAGUAUGGCUUGGUCACACAAUAAGAACUACCUACUGACUUGCGAUGCUGGAGGCAACAUCAAAUAUUGGUCUCCCUCGAUUGCUCCAGUGAAAUCGAUUGAUUCCCACAAUGGGCAAGCGAUUCACGCUCUCAGUUUCUCACCGAGUGACACCAAGUUCGUAUCUUGUGGAGACGAUGCUACGGUUCGUGUAUGGGAUUGGGCGACGCAUUCCGAAGAACGAGUCUUGGAGGGACAUGGGUGGGAUGUAAAAUGUGCUCAAUGGCACCCCCGAUCGUCAGUAAUUUGCAGUGGAAGUAAGGAUAAUUUGGUCAAGCUGUGGGACCCUCGGCAAGGAUCGUGUCUGGCAACACUUUAUGGGCACAAGAAUACCGUCACAAAGGUUCAAUGGAACAACAAUGGUAAUUGGCUGAUCACAGCAUCCAGAGACCAGUUGAUCAAGCUUUAUGAUAUCCGAACCAUGAGGGAGCUUGUAAGUCUAAAGGGACACAACAAGGAAGUCACGAGUCUCGCCUUCCACCCAUUGUAUGAGUCUGUUCUGGCCUCGGGUGGUAUGGACGGAACUCUGCUCUUUUGGAAUCUGGGACCCAAAGGAUCCGAAGAGCCCUCAGCAAGAAUACCCUAUGCUCACGACAUGGCCAUUUGGGAUAUGCAGUGGCAUCCUGCGGGACAUAUGCUAGCCACUGGAUCCAAUGAUCGGCAAACAAAAUUCUGGGCUAGAAAUCGACUGGGAAGUUCAAGUGGUCUACAAGAGGCCGCUGAAGAUAAAGAAGAUGAGAUCUUGACGGCCGAAAUCGAGCUAGGCAACCAUGUGGGUAUUGUAAUUGGUCGAAGGGGAGCAACAAUCAUUGCAAUGCAACGGGCGACGGGUACCAAGAUGCAUGUUGAUCAGGUGCGACGUGUGCUGUUGAUUCAAGGGACAGAAAAGCAAAUAGAAACGGUCAAGAAACGUGUUGGUGCACUGCUAGAACGCGUCUCGAACGAUAGUGACAAUAUGAUGUAA